UGAACUGAAACCGCGACUCCCAAUUUGAUAUGCUUUCCUUAUCUUUAACGCAACACUCAGUCCAUCGCCAGCAAUAAAUUCGACGUACACAAGUCUAUAAUCACACGAAGCCUUGAAGACUUUCAGUUACCGGCGCGCGCCGACAACGCUCCAGGCCUUUCGGGAUAUCUUCUAUUCGAACGAAGCAACAUCACGAUGCCCCCCAGUCUGAAGGACAAAGGCGGUCGGCUUCUGGCUUUCGCCAAUGGUGGCCCGCGAACGAACGAAGCUCAAUCUGGGGUGGAUGUUAAGCCCACGAAGUCAGAACCACCACAAAAUGUUCCCACAGCUCCUAUACCUCGUCCUACUAGCUAUCCUCGGGAGAUCACGGGGCUCGGUGGUAGAAACACCGCGCCCCCAAAACAAAACUAUCCUUUCAGUCAACCACCACCGCAUCAUUCACCAGUGCGCUCGACAAUAUCUUCUCCAGAUGGCCGGAUUAAAGCAGACUCAAGUGAUCGCCGGGUCGACAUCUUCUCUGGUUCGCAACUUGACGAAAAUUUCAUGGAGUCUGGUCUUACGACUCCACACAACGAGCCAUCCGAUCCCGUUAAGCUUGGGCCGGAGUUGACUCGCGAUCUUAAGAAGACCAUUCCGUCACACCGCCUCCCUGACCGCAAUCGAUUUCAUCGACCUCCACCGACAAGUGACUUGUUCACUGUUGGUGAUGAUCUUCGUAUGAACGUGGUCAGUAGGUCACAGCAACACAAUGCUGAUCAUAUAGGCGAUGGUUUCCAGGAUGAUGUAAAUGUGAGGCAUGGAAAGCUCAAUGGCCACCACGGACAUGGUCGAACUCGACCGGACUCCCCGGCACGACAGGACUCCAAAAUCCCCAUGCGUGAAGUGAGGAUUCGAAAGUCACAUUCCGGCCGAUCAGAGGCCUACGACACGAACCAAGCAAGGAAUAUAUCACCCAGGCGCCCUGAAACGCAACGGCAAACGCAAUGGCAAACGCACUACAAAAAUGAGAGCUCUCGGCAGCCGACUGUCCACCAUUUGGAUGAUGAAGAUGCUGAGUCUGCAUCUCAGGAAGAAGAACAUACAACGCCCAGGCCCAAGCCUGCCAAGCCCGUGGUUCAAAGAACUCUCUUGGAGAGCUCAAUGCCAGCUACGACAAACUUCAUGUCAAACACUAGUCGCCUCGACAGAAAGCGACGUCGCCCAAGCCCUGAGUACGACGAUGUGGCUCUUAACUCUAUGACAUUUGCCUCCCUUCGACAGCAGCCUUUCGACUUUGACCCUUCUAAAGAUGGGCAGAAGGGCACUGGAGUCAAUGCUGACAAUUUGGAAGACAAACUUGAGCAUUUUCGUCAUCUGGGUGAAAAGGAACAGCAUGACCUGUUUUCCAAUAUGUCGAUGGAAAAUUGGGAAACCUCGGGAGAAUGGUUUGUCCAUGAGUUCAGCGCACUCAUGCAAAAGCUGCUGGAUUCGAGAAGACAGAAGCGCAAAAUCAUUCAGGAGUUCGAGCAAGAAGCAGCCAAUCGUGAAGAAGCUGUCCGUCUCAAGACACAGGCCAUUGACCGAAAGCUCUCUAAGAUGAAGCAGGACGGCCAGCGAGUGGUGGAGGAUAAAACUGCCUAGAUUAUGCGUGGCGUAUGGACAGAGCCGUUGGUUUUUCAUUUUUCGGGAAAUGAGUUUACGACCGAUAUGAUUGCAUUAUGCUGGAGUUGAGUCUGAUUUACUCGAUAUCAGAGCGUGAGAUAUCUGUGAGGUUUGCAAGGCACCUAGAGCAGAAAUGAGCUCACUUACAAGGGAGUUGUUUAUAGAUUCGCUACGAUGGUCACAUCUUUGAUGAAGUAGAAUAUAAUUUCGCUGAA